AUGGCACAAUUAGAACGAAUUAUCCGUCAACAUCACGAAAAUAAAAAAAUAGAAAUUCUGGGUUCGAUUGAAAAAGUCAUUCAUUUAGAAGAUAAUGAAAAUUAUGCUUUUAUCAUUAAUGAAUAUUGCAAAAGUCUUGGAUCGUUCAGUUUGGGUUUUUAUGUUCCUUAUGGUUUGCGUCUAAUUGGUUAUGAUCCUCAAAAAGAUAAAGUAAAUAUAAUUAAAAAAUUCCCCGAUAAUUCCCCUUCAACAGGAUAUCGUAGUUUAGAAGAUGCUGUACAAGAGGCCGAAAACUUUAUCGAAGUUAUUGGAAUGACAAAAAAAUUAGACUUACUUGGUUUACAAGCUGAUAGAGAUAUCGAUAUUAUUUCUUUUAAACAAGAAUUAAACAGCAAAGUAAAAGAUGUUAAUCUUUUAGUUAAUGAAAAUAAACGUCUAGUUGUAGAAUUAGUAGAAUCUAAGCAAAAAAUAAUAGAUUUAGAAAAAAAAUUAGUUGAAUACGAAGCAAAGUUGGCUGCGAGUAGUUACCAGAGUAACGAACAAAGUUAA